AUGCGCGCCCAAAGGAGUUCUGCCUUGAACCUCCCACUGAAAUAUCAGCUCUCGAACGAACGGACCCUCGGUGGACCACCACGUAGCCUUCUCUGGAUUGGUGCCGAAUGGAUCAUCUGUUAUACGAGCGCAUUUAAAAGUCGUCUCACAGAAUACCAGGUCAUUGGCCGCCAUCUGCCAACUGAGGCAAACCCAGCACCAAAGCUGUACCGGAUGAGAAUCUUUGCGCCAAACACCGUGGUUGCAAAGUCCCGUUUCUGGUACUUCUUGAUGAAGCUGCGAAAGGUCAAGAAGUCAAACGGCGAGAUUGUCAGCUUGAACGUGAUCCACGAGAAGCGCCCCUUAAAGGUCAAGAACUUCGGUAUCUGGAUCCGAUAUGACUCCCGCUCUGGCACCCACAACAUGUACAAGGAGUACCGUGAGAUGUCAAGAACCGAUGCUGUCGAGGCUCUCUACCAAGAUAUGGCUGCCAGACACAGAUCCCGAUUCCGGUCGGUCCACAUCCUCAAGGUUGUUGAGCUCGAGAAGACCGACGACGUCAAGCGCCCAUACAUCAAGCAACUCCUCACCAAGGACCUAAAAUUUCCUCUUCCUCAUCGCGUUUCUAAGGCAGCCGGCACAAAGAUUUUCGUUGGAAAGCGACCAUCGACCUUUUAUUGA